CUCUUCAUUUUACUACGAGUGAAACGAGAACAGACGGAGAGAGUAAAGAGGUCCAACAGCUGAGCACAUUCUGCACUUCUGCUUCGUUUGGUUUAGUUUUUAAAGUCCUGCCGGCCAUGGAGAGGCGACGAACUUCCGUUUGGCUGAGAAAGCCCAUGUUUUGGAUCGUCUGUUUUCUGGUUGCUGUUGCUGAAGCGAAAGUGGCACCAAGCCACUCCAGCUCCCCAUUGACCGUGUCCUCUGCCCACCGGUACUACACCUGUCCAGAGGGGGUGACUGCCAAGCUAGUGUGCAACCAGAAAAAUGCCAACUUACAUCCCGAUCACCACGUAAGGGAUCUCUGGCUCUUCACGCCCCACACCGACCUGCACUGUAAAAAAGGGGAAACUCCACGCAAUGUCAGCCAUAAACCCCGCAACUCGAAUCUAGGAGUGGAGAUGAACUAUACGAAUGAAAACAUGUGGGUGAUUCUCAGGAAUGUGACCCACGCCGACCAGGGCCGCUACUGCUGCAUAGCCCUGGACGUUAAGAUCGAUCACAAGCAACAAACAGCCCAGCAGAGUACCCACAGCCACAUUAUUCUUCAAGUUACACCAAAGAGAGACGGGGUGACCAGCUGCACGUUCUGGGAUCCCACACCUCCACCAGCAGCCUCGGUGCCUGUGGCUUUAGCCUUAGCUGCUUGCAUUCUGGCUCUGCUGUCGCUGCCUCUUAUUCUGGUCCUGGUCUACAAACAGCGAGAGAAUUCACGGUCAAACAGACGUGGACAGGAGCUGGUGCGGAUGGACAGUGAAGCUCAGGGCCACGAGAAUCCAGUGUUUCUGAUCGGAUCCCCGCAGGUAAAGACCCGGACUGUUUCUCAGAUCAUGACCCGUCAGCCCUCUGAGACCAGUCGCCACUUAUUGUCGGACCCGGGAACGCCCCUCUCUCCUCCCGCACAUGGCGACGUUUUCUUCCCAUCCGAAGACGUCAUCCCUGAGAAUCCAGACCUGGUGCAGAUUUAAAGCCCGUUCUUCACCUAAACUGUUGCCCUGGAAAGAUUCCUGCAGCUCUUCUGUUCUUCCAUUCAUUUUAAUACCAAUACUAUCCUCAUGAGCUCUCUCACAAUAACUGCAUAAACACGUAUUGCUCCUGUCUGGAUUUGUCAUCUGUUCAUUGUCUGGACUGCAGGAGGGAGGAGCGCUGCGUUUCUGACCCACAUACCAUUUCCACCUGCAACAACAUCUGCAGGCCAACAGGUUGCAUCUGAUCACAGACCUGGCUCUGCUGGUGUCUUUUAUUAACCUUGUGAGAAGUGUUGAAAGUGGGAGUCUUGCUAUAAGCAGGCGGAUAGUGAUCUACUCAGCUUUUACAGAAAAUCAUUUAAGCAGCAAGUUCUUGUGAGCUCAAAUCCCCACAGAGUUCAAAUCGCCUGAACUCUGCUGUCUGUCAUGUGAACUUUCUAGGUGGUCAAAUUUAUACCGUCAAACCUCCUAUUGUGAAUGCAGCAGUUUUCUUUUGCUGGUCAUUAGAGAACUGUCAGAUAAACAGUUUCAUAAAAUCACCUGUCAUUAUAGAGUUCAUGUUCAGGAAUCAAACCAACAGACUCUGAAGCCCCUUUCAAAACUCUUAAAGCAGAACUUUUGGCCAUCUAUCUGUUUUCUGAAAGGACCAAAGCAGCAAGAAGGGUUAAAGUCAACCCACCGCUGUUAUACUUCUCAGCUUCCAAACAAGGAAUCAACAGGACUUAUGUAAGGGUUAACUGUGACAUCGUCUGGCUGGGUUUUUCUGUAAGGACUGGAGAGGUAAAAGGGGUUUGAUGUUAGUCAAACUACAACUCUGAGUUGCCAAGCGAGGUAACAAUGGCACUGAAAAGUUGACAAGAUUAACAGGAUGUAGCCAUCAACUCUUUCAUGAAACAGUUCAAAGCCAGAACUUGUGGCUCCAAGGUGGUAAAGGUGGCAGGAAUAAUUCUACCGUUUUCUGCCAAGCACAGCAGAAAUACUCGCCGUACCAAAGGGUUCGAGCUUUAUGGCUCUACAGCGUUAUGUAGCUACAGUCUUAUUUUACAGACAGACAGACUCAGAUGCUCAUUUGUCAUGUUUGUGUUUGCUAACAGAACCACCAAUCAAAGUUGCGACUAUACCUCAACAGUCGACUUGUGUGAGGUUUAUUGUCUUUGUGGGGUAUGAUGUAGAGCUUGUAAACAUCAGUCUGUGCCACCAGAUGAACACAAGAUUUAACAUAAAACCAAACCAAGCACUUAAUUCAGACUGGGACAGGCACCCAGUGGGGGCGUGACGGAGCCACUGGUGCUCAGUGGGCAGAUGAGUCUGGUGCAGGUUGUUCAGGGCAGAACACAUUGGUGUAAGACAAAAACUGUGCUCGUAUUAUUUUCUAUUGAAUUUCCAAUAGAAAGGCACCGAUGUGCAUCAGAGGCACCAGUUGGUCCCAUGGCACUCCCCAAUAUCCAUUCCCCAGCAAGUAGAAACUUAUGGCAAUAAGUUCUACUGAGAGGUUGUUUUAUGAUAGAACUGUUUUGUGAAAGAGGUUUUAGGUGUGAAUAGACCAAAUAUUCUCCAAAACGUGGCAUUACAUUUCUUUUUGUAUGAUUUCUUCUCUGCAUUUCUUUCUGCCUUUGUGCUACCUCAGACAGACCUGAGUACCGCUUCUGUUUCUCUGAAUACUUUCCUUCCGUCCUGUACUUUACAACUGCAUUAUAGCCUUAAACACACUUGCAUAAUUAAAAAUAUAUUUCAUUUUUAGAGGAAGAUUUAAUUGUUGUCUCUGUGUAUAAUUAUGGAGGAAAAAAUCAUUUAUUUUUCUUGAAUGUAGCCUCACAGAUACUACCGCAACAAACAAAAGAAAAAUCUUCCAGGAGUUUAACUCACUGCCACUUCCUCUGGAUUUCACUGUGUUUAUGUCUAUCAGGGUAAAGGUUCAAUCCUACUUUUUUAUGUGUGCAAUGAGGUCUGAUAAGCCAAAACUGUUAAAUACUUUGAGCAAAAGGUUUGAAAUGUCAGUCGUAGCAACACUGAGAUGUUGCUGCAUCACUUUGCCCACGUGACUUUAACCCACUUUUAGUGUUAUUUUUAAUCUGGGGUAACAUGCAUACAGUGGAUGCCAAGCGGAAAUCAUCUGAAGAAGAAAAUGUUUAGCAGGUUUAUAGGACAGAGUAACAUUUUGUUUUGUUUAGACGUGAGCCUGCUUACGAGUUUGUGGCUGUAUAUUUGAGUGUAAAGAAGGGAUUAAAGUUUUAAGAAUUGAUUUCUGGUUUCGCUGAAAAAUAAUUUUUGUACGCUUGAUGACUUUUAUAUUGUACCUGUGUGUUUUUAUACUGUAAAAAGCUUGCAUGACGGGAUAUUUCUUGCUUUUAAACAGCCCUGUUGGUAUUCUGUACAAUAAAAACGAAAUUCUCGAAGCA